AUGAAUUCAUCCGAUUUAAAUUUUUAUGUAAGUAAACAUAGAAAAGCUUAUGAAGAAAGACUUAAAAAGGAAUUAGAAAAUCAAGAAAAUAAAGAUAAUGAAAAAUCAAAAACUAAAGAUAAUUAUGAUGAAAAAGGAGAUUUAAUAAAAGAAGAGAAUUUAAGUCAAGUUGAAUCUGAUUAUUUAUACGCUUUGAAAUUAAAUGAAUCAUUAAACGGAAACAUUCUAAGUAAUGAUACUCAAGAAAAAAAUAAUUUUAAUAAUAUCACUGAUACAAGAGAUAGUUAUAAGGAUUUAAAUGAAAGCUAUAGUAAAAAAAAUGACGAUAAUAUUAGAAAACCUGAUAAUACUUACGUUGAAUGUCUUUUAGAAGAUAAUGUCUUAAAUCCUUAUUGUGUAGAUUACAAUUUCAGAAAUAUAAGGAGCAAGUCAAAUUCAUUUAAUGAUGAUAAUAAUCAUUUUAAUGAAGAAAAUAACAUUGUUAUAAGUUCUGAUGACGAUAAAAGUGUAAGUAUACUAAGAAAUUCGGAUUCUUUUCAAAAUAAGAAUUCGAGUUUUAAAAAUGAUGUAAUUUCUUAUAAAAAAGAAGGAGAAAAUUUGUUGAUUAUGAAUAGCGAAAAUUUAGUAUCUGAUAAAAAAAAAUUAAAAAAUGAAAAAAUUUCAAAUAACACAAAGAAUUACAAUGUUGAACCAAGUAAUUCUAUUCAAUCAGUAGAAUUAGAAAAAGAGAAUUAUACAUAUGUAAAAAAUAUGAAUAAAGAUAAUUCAAAAAAUUCAAAAUUUCAAAAUUAUGAUGAUGUAAUGAUUUUUAAUAGUAAUAUAAAUAGUUACGAAAGCUUAAGUAAUACGCCUAUAAGAAAACCAGAAGGUAUUAGUUAUUUUUAUCCUGAAAGUAUAAAUUAUAUAUAUGAUGAAAAAUACAAAUCAUUGAAAAAUAGUGCAGGAAACGAAAAAUUAAAUAAAGUAAAUAAUAAUAAAGAUGGAAAUACAAAUAAAAGUAUAGAAAUUAAUAAUACAGAAAAUGAGAAAAUAAAAUCGAAAUAUAAAAAUGAGAUUAACGUAGAAAGUUAUAAUGAUAUAAGUAGUGAAUUUCAUAAAAAUGAAAAAGAUUUUUUCUUUAAUUUAAAAGAAAAAAAUGAUAAAAAAAAUAAAAAUAUAGAAAAACUUUAUAAAACAGAAAAGUUAGAAAAUAAAAACAGUAAAAAACAUGGUAAAUUGAUUAACAAUGAUUUGAAAUAUAAUUACAAGGAAAGUAAAAAUAAAGGAGUGAAUAAUAUUUUAGAAAAAGUAAAUAAUAAAAUUAUUAAUAAUAAUAAAUAUUACUUAAGAUCUUCUAAAAAAUGCAUGUUGAAUGAAGAAAUAGCAGAAAUGAGUGAUAAUAAAAAUAUAUAUUUGAAAAAUGAUUCAAAAUUUUUAUACAUGAAUAAAACUAAUUAUAAUGAAAAAAAUGAGUUAAGAAGGCUUCAACAUUAUGAUAAAUACGAAAAUUCUGCUUACAACAAUUCCCCAGAUAACAUAGAUAUUAUAACGAAUAAAGAAAAGAACAAAGUAAAUAGUUUCAUGGAAAAUAAUACUUCCAGUAAUUUAAAUAGCUAUACAAUUAAUAAUACAUUAAUUGAUAUAGACAAUAAUUCAAGUAUAACAGUUGAUAAAAAUUAUAAAAUUAACACAGAGAAUAAGUAUUAUGAUUCGAUAAUAAAAAAAAAUAAUUUAAAAAAAAAUUAUAAGAAAGCGCAAAUAAGUGAAAAUAUGAAAGGCUUGCAUCUUAAUGAUAAUAUUAGCAACAGUAAAAAUGGAAAUACUCAAAAUUUUUCAGUAAAUAAUAUGAAAUGCAUUAAUUUUAAUAAACAUAAUAAUAAAAGCUAUGAAGAUAGAGAAAAAAUACCAGAAGAUAACAAUUCCUUUUAUAAUAAAAUGCAAAAUUAUCAUUCUGAAAAUAGUUUUAUUUAUAAUAAUAAUAACAAUAAUAAUAAUAGUGGUUUCGUAAGAGUACCGCAUACAGAAGCAUCUAAUAAUAAAAAUAAUGUUGACUAUUUUAAUGACAAAAAAAAUAAAACAAUUACAAAAAAUGAAUCACCAUGUAUUUUUAAUUCUUUCUAUGAAUUUAAAGUAUCAAGUGAUAAAAAAAAAAAUUCUUCGGAUAAAGACAUAUAUAUAUAUAAUAACAAUAAUAGUAAUAUUAAUACUAUUUUGAUUGAUGAUAGUAAUAAUAAUAAUAUUUUGAUUAAUAAUAAAGAUAAAAAUAAAAAUUAUAAUUUAAUUCAUAAUACGAGUGACGAAUUAUUUUUUUCAGGUUAUAAUAAAACAAAUGAUAUAUCUAAUAAUUUAUAUAACAAUAAUACUUCAUAUAAUAAAAAUUACUUAGAUACUAAAAAUGUAAUUUCUCUCAAUAAAAUAUAUGCUAGUAAUUUAAAUGAUACAGAGAAAAGUAAAAGUAGAAUAGAUAAAAAUGAUAUACUGGUAAAUUAUAAAGAAUAUAAACAAAAAAAUAAUUUAAAUGACUUUAAUAAAGAUUACUUUUAUAGUUAUAAGAAUAACGAACUAGAUAAUGAGAAAAGUAUCAAAAAUGGUGUUGUAAAUAAUAAUAAAAAAAAUAUUAGUAUACAUAAAAUUGGUAUUAGUGAUAGUAACAACAUAUACAAAAAAGAAAAUGAUAAAAGAAAAUCCAAUGAUUGUAAGGAAGUUAAUCGUGUUUUUAAAAAUGAUAGUAAUGAGAUAUUUAAAAAUAAUAAGGGAAAACACAAUAUUAAUUAUUCAAGUUGUAAUAACACGUUAUCAAAAAAUGAUUAUAUAUAUAGUCAUAAUAACAUAGGAAAUAACAUUUCUGGAAAUAACAACAUUCCGUAUAUUAAAGGCGAUUCUAUAUAUAAAAAAAAAAUAAAUAUAUCAGAAGACAAAAAUUCCAAAGAUGAAUAUUUUGAUAAGAAGCAUAACCACUCAAUUAAUAUAAAUAGGUUUAACGAAUAUGAUUAUACUAAGAAUGAUAUCAAAUAUUCAUCAGAUGAUAUAAAUUUAUCUUUAUCUAAUAAAUAUUUGGUUGAUAAGCAUGAUAUUACAAGUAAAAAUUUAAUAAAGAAACAAAAUGAUUAUAGUAGUAGUAGUAAUAAUAAUAAUAAUAAUAAUAAUAACGAUAAUGUUAAAAAUAUUCCUAAAAAUGAAAAGAGUUCAUAUAAUAUAACAAAAAAUGAUAUAUUAAAAGAAUAUUUUGAGUAUUCUAGAAAUUAUAAUAGUACAUAUGAAAGCAAUUAUGAGAAUAAUAAUACUAAACAAAAUGGCAAUCAAGGUAUGGAUAAUAAUCCUCCAUCAUAUUAUAAUGAAGAAAGUACUAAUGAUGAAGAUGUACUUAUCCAACAAGCCAUUAUCAAUAGCUUAACUGAUUUGUAA